UUCCCACCCAAUCAGCUCUCCCACUCUCUCUCUCUCUCUCUCAUGGCAGGAAAACCAGCCGAAGGGGCUCCAGAGCAGCUGAAAUACCAGACAUGGGUCCUGAAAGUCUCAAUCCACUGUGAAGGCUGCAGGAAGAAAGUCAGGAAAGUUCUCCAGGGAGUCGAUGGUGUUUAUAUGACAGAGAUUGACUCUCAGCAGCAUAAGGUUACAGUGAGUGGCAACGUCGACGCCGAGACUCUUAUCAAGAAAUUGGCAAGGUCGGGGAAACACGCAGAACUUUGGCCUGAAAAGCCAGAGAAGAAGAAUAAGAAGUCAGGAAAAUCCAAGAGCGAUGGAAAACAAGACCCUGAUCAAGAUAGCCAGGAAGUUGGUGCUGGUGAUGACGGCGACGAUGAUGAUCAAAACAACAUAAAAGAAAAGCCUGACACUGUUGCUAAAAGUGGUGGUGGUGAUGACCAACCACUGGAUGCCAAGGGCGAGGGGGCUGUUGGAGAAAGCGCUGCUGCAGCUACUGGCGGAGGUGGAAGUGGAGGGAAAAAGAAGAAAAAGAAGAAGGGAGGGCAAAAUGGUAAUAAUGCUAAUAAUGGUAACAGUGGUGGUGAUCAUGCCGGUGACACACCAGCAGACGGCAAAUCUCCGGCGGUUAUUGAAAACCCAGCUCCACCUAUGGCAUCAAUGGACUAUAUCCCACCACUUCAGCAUGUAUACCCAUAUCAUCUUCCAGUGUAUUAUGCCGCUCCUCCAGCUUAUGGAGUAAACUACAACACAGCAUAUCCUAGUACCAGUGCAUCAUACUAUGCUCCUUCCAUGCAUGCUCAUCCGUAUUCUCACCCUGAGAGGUACCCUCCACCACCUCCACCAUCUGAACCAAUCAAUAGGAUGAUUCAUGAUGAUGAUUAUGAUAAUGAUGGUGGAUGCUCAAUUAUGUAAGAAAAUUAGUAUACGUAAUAUCUAUUCUAGUGCUAAUGGAUUGCGGGGAAGGUGGAUAGGGGAUUAUAAUUAAUUUUGUAAUUACAAGUUUAGUGGAAUUAAAAAAAUGGUUAAACUUUAUUAA